AUGGGGACCGUGAAUACUACAGACCGCCUGUCGCAGCUGCGACAGCUGAUGAAGGAGCACAAUGUGGAUGUUUACAUCGUUCCUUCAGAGGAUAGUCACCAGUCCGAGUACAUUGCGCCCUGCGACGGCCGCCGAGAAUUCAUUUCCGGUUUCUCUGGCUCCGCCGGUACUGCGAUCAUCUCUCUGAGCAAAGCUGCCCUCUCCACCGACGGACGCUACUUCAACCAGGCCGCGAAGCAGCUGGAUAGCAACUGGCACCUCCUGAAGCGGGGCAUUGAGGGCGUCCCCACGUGGCAGGAAUGGACAACGGAGCAGGCCCAGGGUGGCAAGGCCGUGGGUGUUGACCCUUCUUUGAUCACGGCCUCCGGCGCGCGCAAGCUUGCAGAGACCCUGGAGAAGAACGGUUCCUCCUUGGUGGGAAUUCAACAAAACUUGGUCGACCUGGUUUGGGGCAAGGACCGUCCCUCGCGGCCUCGUGAGAAGGUGCGCGCCCACCCGGUGAAGUAUGCUGGCAAGUCGUUCCAGGAGAAGGUCGCGGACCUGCGCAAGGAACUGGAGAUGAAGAAAAAGGCCGGUUUUGUUAUUUAUUGCGUGGUUGUUCAACUUGAGAGGGAGCGAGUGAGUUUCCCUAGCAGCGUUCAUCAUUGGCACCCAUUGACCUCAACCAGCAUCCCCUAUAACCCUGUCUUCUUCUCUUACGCCAUCAUCACUCCCACUACUGCCGAACUUUACGUCGAGGCGGACAAGCUGACCCCCGAGGUAACCGCUCAGCUGGGCCAGGAUGUGGUCGUCAAGCCAUACGAGUCCAUCUUCGCUGACGCCAAGGCUCUCAGCACGGCGCGCAGCCAGGCGACUGACGAGGCGCCCAAGAAGUUCCUGCUGUCCAACAAGGCCUCUUGGGCUCUGAGCCUCAAUCUCGGUGGUGAGGAACAGGUGGAGGAGACCCGCAGCCCCAUCGGUGAUGCUAAGGCUGUCAAGAAUGAGGCCGAGCUCGAGGGAAUGCGCGCAUGCCACAUUCGUGAUGGCGCCGCCUUGACCGAGUACUUUGCUUGGCUAGAAAACGAGCUUGUCAACAAGAAGACUGUCCUCGAUGAGGUCGAUGCUGCCGACAAGCUGGAGCAGAUUCGCACCAAGCACGAGCUCUUUGCCGGUCUGUCGUUCGAUACCAUCUCCUCUACCGGCCCCAAUGGUGCGGUGAUUCACUACAAGCCUGAGAAGGGAAGCUGCUCAAUUAUUGAUCCCACUGCCAUCUAUCUUUGCGACUCUGGCUGCCAGUACUUGGAUGGAACCACCGACACCACCCGCACAUUCCACUUUGGCCAGCCUACCGAGUUCGAGAAGCAGGCUUUCACCCUAGUCCUAAAGGGUAUGAUUGCCAUCGACACUGCUGUGUUCCCCAAGGGCACGAGUGGCUUUGCUAUUGAUGUUCUGGCCCGCCAGUUCCUGUGGAAAGAAGGCCUGGAUUACCUCCACGGUACUGGUCACGGUGUUGGCUCCUACCUGAACGUCCACGAGGGCCCCAUGGGCAUUGGUACCCGCGUUCAGUACACCGAAGUUCCCAUCGCUGCCGGAAACGUGCUUUCGGAUGAACCCGGUUACUACGAGGACGGCAAGUUUGGUAUUCGUAUUGAGAACAUUGUCAUGGCCCAUGAGGUCAAGACCGCCCACAAGUUUGGUGACAAGCAGUGGCUCGGCUUUGAGCACGUUACUAUGACCCCUAUUGGUCGCAACCUCAUCGAGCCAUCUCUGCUGACUGAUGCCGAGCUCAAGUGGCUGAAUGACUACCACGCCGAGGUAUGGGAUAAGACCCACCACUACUUCAAGGAAGAUGAGUUGUCUCGGAAGUGGCUUGAGCGUGAGACCCAGCCCAUCUCGAAAUAG